AGCCUCCUUGAGGGUCCAGGGUGAGGCCUCCGGGGGGAAACACAGCCACUACCAGAGGUCGGGAGGUCAGCAAAAGUGAGAAGUGCACUCGGCCUGGGUCUGGCUGGGUGAGACCCGGGACCACCCACCUGCUCCCUUGACCGCCCCCCACCAUGGCCCUGGCCCAGCAGCUGCGGGCGGAGAGCGACUUCGAGCAGCUUCCUGAUGAUGUGGCCAUCUCUGCCAACAUCGCCGACAUCGAGGAGAAGAGAGGCUUCACCAGCCACUUUGUGUUUGUCAUCGAAGUGAAGACCAAGGGGGGAGCCAAGUACCUCAUCUACCGCCGCUACCGCCAGUUCUACGCCCUGCAGAGCAAGCUGGAGGAGCGGUUCGGGCCAGAGAGCAAGAACAGCCAGUUCACCUGCAGUCUGCCCACGCUCCCAGCCAAAGUCUACAUGGGUGUGAAGCAGGAGAUAGCCGAGGCCCGGAUCCCGGCCCUCAAUGCCUACAUGAAGAGCCUCCUCAGCCUGCCCGUCUGGGUGCUGAUGGACGCAGACAUCCGGAUCUUCUUUUACCAGUCCACGUACGACUCGGAGCAGGUGCCCCAGGCGCUGCGCCGGCUCCGCCCUCGCACCCGGAAAGUCAAGAGCAUGUCCACACAAAGCCCCAGCCUUGGGCUCAUGGAAGCGCCACGAGCGGAGGCCCUGUUCGAUUUCACUGGGAACAGCAAGCUGGAGCUGAGCUUCAAAGCUGGAGACGUGAUCUUCCUUCUCAGUCGGGUCAACAAGGACUGGCUAGAGGGCACGGCCCAGGGAGCCACGGGAAUCUUCCCAGGUGCUUUCGUGAAAAUCCUCAAGGACUUCCCAGAGGAGGAAGACCCCACCAACUGGCUGCGCUGCUACUACUACGAGGACACCAUCAGCACCAUCAAGGACAUCGCGGUGGAGGAAGACCUCAACAGCACACCCCUGUUCAAGGACCUGCUGAAGCUCAUGAGGCAGGAGUUCCAGAGAGAGGACAUUGCCCUCAAUUACCAGGAUGCGGAGGGUGACCUGGUGCGCCUGCUGUCGGACGAGGACGUGGGGCUCAUGGUGCGGCAGGCCCAAGGCCUCCCCUCCCAGAAGCGCCUCUUCUCCUGGAAGCUGCACAUCACCCAGAAGGACAACUACAGCGUCUAUAACACGGCUCCCUGAAUGGCCGUGGCCCGGGGCAUGCUCAGGGCACACCAGGACUUUCAGGAAAGGCUGGGGGGAGGCUCAGACUUCUGGCUGCAAGGAUAAUGGCCGUACUAUGCUUGCCUUGCACUCUUUCUACACUUACCUAUGAAUGAAAGAAACCAUUUCACAUCAGAGUGCAGGACUGGGGAAAAGCCUAUCAUCUGUGGACAGAGAGAAAAGGGCAUAAAAUACCAUUUAAUGA